UUCCAAAAGGGCCUCUUUCCGCGAGGUUAAAGUUAUGAGUGCGCAGGCGCGAGCGCAAGCCCCCUUCACGGCAAGAUGGCGCUGGGCUUGGUGUGCGGACGGCGGGAACUUCUGCGCCUGUUACAGCCACGGCGUCAGUUCCACAGCGUCGUAGGGCCCUUGCCCUGGCCGCGAAAACCGCCGACCGCGGGGCUCGUCUUGGCGGCGGGCCGGUGCUGCGAUCGCCCGCACAAUGUCCUCGCGGCUCCUGGCCUCCGGGGCCUCAGUACCUCUGUGAUCUUGUUCGCAGAAGCCCAGGUUCAGGCCCCUCCUGUCAUUCCUGCAACUCCCUCACCCACCGCAGUAACAGAGGUGGCUUCUGGAGAGACCGCAGAUGUAGUCCAAGCUGCUGCCGAACAGAGCUUCGCUGAACUGGGGCUGGGGUCAUACACCCCAGUGGGACUGAUUCAGAACUUACUGGAAUUUAUGCAUGUUAAUCUAGGCCUACCUUGGUGGGGGGCCAUCGCUGCAUGUACCGUCCUUGCCCGCUGCCUGGUGUUUCCUCUCAUCGUGAAGGGCCAGCGAGAAGCAGCCAAGAUCCACAACCACUUACCGGAGAUCCAGAAGUUUUCCACUCGAAUCAGAGAGGCCAAGUUGGCAGGAGACCAAGCUGAGUUUUACAAGGCCUCCUCGGAAAUGACAUUUUACCAGAAAAAGCAUGAUGUUAAACUCUUUAGACCUCUUAUUCUACCUCUGACUCAGGCCCCGAUCUUCAUCUCCUUCUUCAUUGCCUUGAGAGAAAUGGCCAAUCUUCCUGUGCCCAGCCUACAGACAGGUGGCCUCCUGUGGUUCCAGGAUCUCACACUGUCUGACCCCACUUACAUAUUACCACUGGUAGUCACUGCUACAAUGUGGGGUGUCCUUGAGUUAGGUGCUGAGACUGGUAUGCAAAGUUCUGAUCUUCAGUGGAUGAGAAAUCUGAUCAGAGUGAUGCCCCUGGCAGUCUUGCCCAUAACUAUCCAUUUCCCCACGGCAGUGUUCAUGUACUGGCUCUCCUCCAAUAUGUUUUCCCUGGGCCAGGUGGCUUGCCUCCGGAUUCCAGCCGUACGAACUGUACUAAAAAUCCCCCAGCGUGUUGUGCAUGACUCCAACAAAUUACUUCCACGGGAAGGUUUCUUAAAAAGCUUCAAAAGAGGGUGGAAGAAUGCCGAACUGGCACAUCAGCUACAGGAGCGUGAACGGCGCAUGCAGAAUCAGUUGGAACUAGCAGCUAGGGGUCCCUUACGACAGACCUUUACCCACAACCCUCUGCUACAGCAUGGAAAGAAUCAGCCUCACAGCAGCUCUGAUAGCAGCAGUGCCAAGCCAAAGUCAAAGCAGCCCUGGCGUGACACGCUUGGCUGAAUUCGUUCAUGCUCGACUGGUAGGAACUCUCUUUUCAAAGACUCAGCCUCAAAACAAGAUUUGAUACGGAGUCCAUACCCCAGACCUGGAAACGGGGGUGAGGGGCAUAGAGAUCUUCAUUUUUAAAAGUGGAUUCCAUUACAGGCUCUCACAUCUAAAAGAGCCAAGUGAUCUUGCCAUCCACAGAAUUAGUAAACUUCUGUACUACA